UAAAUAUUGAGUCAAAAUUUCUCUAAUUGUAAGUUCUCACGGGAAUAUAACUUAGAAUUUGUGUAGUAGCAAAUAAUGAAAUUAUUUAUUCGCAAUGUAAACCGGAUGGAUCGAGAAUCAGAACUUUGCUUUCUUCCUAAAAAUCGUGGAAAAAUAAUUUGAUGUCGCGCGGUGCAGGCAAAUGCUAGAUUUUGUGCGCAAGUAUUAUUCGAUUACACACAUAAUAAUAAUUGUAUCAUGCGAAACAUUAUAUCAGACACGAGUUCUCACUAUCUGUUAACCGAAAAUUAGAUUUUUAAACAAUAAAAGAGUGAAUUAUUACGUUUAACAAGACUGGUUCGUUUAAUUUCGGACUUCCUAGAAUCAAAUUAAACUCCGCAGCUCUUUUUAUUAUCAGACGACUCGCUUGCACUAGCUGCAGUUUUUUGUGCCUGUCUAAAAAAAAAACGAGUUUACAAAGCCUUUUAUAUUUUGUGACAAAAUAUACCAAUUUUCAAACUCAUAUAUUUCGGAUUAAUGUAUCACACAAAAGAAAUUUGUUUUAUUAUUUUCAUUUCGAAUCUCCUUCCUAGUUGUGCCACCAGUUAUGGAACAUCCUGCAUAUAAUUUCAAUAAAUUAUCACAGAUAAUUUAAAAAACAUUUUAUUAAUCAACGAGACAAUUUAUUAAAUUAGUUGUUAUUUUAAAAUCGAUAUCUAUACCCAGGGGGCGUCUAGCGUAUCAACAGUAUAGAAUUUCACAAUAAUAUUUGCUUGAUAAUUAGUCUGGUAUUAAUAAGAGAACAGAAUUAGUCGAAUCGGAGUUGUUGGUUCACAACGAUCAAAAUGAGAAUACUAAACAUGUUCGGAUUUUUCUGUAUCUUUGUGUCAAUCAAUUUUACGCUCUUUCGAUCAUAAAUGUGGACUCAAAUGUAUUAAUGCAAAAAUGUAAGAAUUUGGACAAUUUGUCGCCUGCAGUGCGCCUUAAGAAAUAUCUCCUUUGCGACUACGAUUCUACUGUUCAUCCGAAUUAUCCUAAAACGACCAAUGUCACUUUGACAUUAAUACCGAAGCAUAUAGAUUUUGAAGAACAUAAUGCUACAUUGGUAGUACAUAGCUCGAUAACACUUACUUGGAAUGAUCCGCAUCUUACUUGGACACCGAGCGAUUACAGCGAGAUUACUUAUAUUCAGAUAUAUAACUGGCACAUUUGGACACCCGAUUUGAUUAUGACUAGUUUCGCCGAUAUAUUAAGUGAUGAACAUGUGCUACCUCUUACGAGGUUGGUCACCAACUCAGGCGAAAUUGUAUUUGUCUCCAAAGUAAAAUUUAUUUCCAAAUGUAAUGAUGAUUUUACCUAUUGGCCCUAUGAUAAACAUGAAUGUAGCAUUACGUUUAUUUCAUGGAUGCACAUAGGGGAAGAAGUCAAUUUACUGAUAUAUAAAGAUGGGAUUAGUAUGAGUCGUUAUAUGGAUGAUACCACGUGGGAUUUUAAGUUUAUAAAUUCGACGAGAGUAGCCAAAAAAUAUAAAUGCUGUCCGGACGACAAGUUUCCAAUGGUCACUUAUAAUUUCUUGUUGACGCGUCAUUACGGAAAACAUCACUCAUUUAUUAUCAUACCGGCUAUUGCUUUGAUGUUACUCAUUUUAACAGUUUUCUGCCUCGACUUAAAUUCGAUUGAACGAAUGACGGUGGCGAGCUUAAAUUUUAUUUGUCAUUUGCUCUGUAUGUACGUUCUGCAGUGGACGAUGCCAUACAAUGGCGCUAAUUCCCCUAACAUAAUGUUAUUUUAUCGUGAUUCAUUGACGUUGGCUACCUUUGCAAUACUUCUGACAGCCUUAAUACGCAAAUUAAAAAGUAUGAAUACAGAGAUACCAAAUUGGAUUUUGUUCACUACAACAUUUGUUUUGAGCAACAAUGUUGGACGCUUCCUGAUCUUCAACGACAAGUCGAAGAUAACAGAUACAAUAACUGAACGAAGCUCGGAUGUUCCAAAAUCUGAAAUGAGCAUGAAGGAACCUUCCUGGAAACAUUUUGCUGUUAUUAUCGACUGGUUAUUUUUUUUUUGCAUGACUAUCACUUAUGUCAUUAUUUUGAUUGUUUUAGUACCCGUGGGAUAAUACCGAUACUGAUACGUAGUAACGAUGUUACAACCACGUUAAUCUGUACAGAAACAUUUCAAGCAUAUCAGC